AAAAAAAAUUGAUGAAUUAACAGCAAAUAAGCCAUCGACAUCAUCAAAUUUAAAUACUUCAUCAAAUAAUAAACAAUCAGAAGAUGUAACACCUAAACCAACUCGACCACAAGCAUUUGCUGCACCUAUGACACAAGAACCAGCUAUUUCUCGUGUUGCUCCAAUGGCUCCGUUAACUGGUCGUCAAAUUGGUGUAGCUAUACCAAUGACAGCGUCAGCGACACCAACUACGACAAGUACACCACUUUGGACUAAUACUGCAUCAACAACGGCGGAAACAACUACCUCACAAGCUGCAGCAUCAGUUGAACAUCCAACAACAACUCAAAUAUCAACACCAGCUGGUGUUAAUUUAUUAAUGAAACGUACAAGAACUGAUGAUAAUGAUCAUAAGUCAACAGAAUCUACACUUAAACGAACUAAAGCAGAAACAGAGACUAACCCAUUAAUUGCUCAUGUUGAACCACAAGUACGUGAACAACAACAACAACAACAGCAACAAAUUCCUUCUCAAGAACAACAACAACAAGAAACUAUGGAAUCAAAUGUGAUAGAUACAACACGAACAGAUAUUAUACCGAUACAAAUUGAUAAUGAAGGAAUUCAUGGUUCUGUUGAAGAGACAACUUCACUUGAUCAAUCAAUGGAAGGUGAAUCUCGAUUGAAUAUUACUAAUACAUCAUCAACAAAUCUUGAUUCAACAACGACAACAACAAAUGAAUCAACAAAUAUCACUAUGGAACAAUCAAAUGAUCAACGUCGUGAUAUUUUACCGAUUGUCUAUGAUGUUCAAUCAAUUCCAACUAUCAACACUGGUGGACCGCCACAAAUAAAUCGUGGUGGUGUUGGUCGAUCACGUCCUUUUUCAAGUGUUCCAGGUACCCGUCGACCAUGGCCAGCACGAGGUGGUGGUAUCGGUAGUGGAAGAGGAGGCAUAGGUGGACGUGGAGCAGGCGGUGCCGGUGGCGUUGGCCCAUCCGCACGUCAAUAA